CUAUAACCGCGGCGCGGGGCGCAGCGCGGGCGGCCAUGGCGGCGGGUCGGCUGCCGGCGGUGGUGCUGCUCCUCGCCCUGCUGCUGGGCGGCACGGCGGGGCCCGGCGCUUGGGCAGCGCGGAGCCGCGGCGCCGAUAAGCAGAACAGCUUCCGCCGAGCCGCCAGCGGCCUCUACCAGGGCGUCAGCGGCCUGUUCGGGGAGGACAACGUGCGGGCCCUGCAGAAGUUUUUCUCAAGGUUGACAGAGAGGUUUGUGAAUGGGGUGGAUGUAUUAAUGGACACAUUCUGGAGAAUAUGGACUGAUUUGUUAGAUGUUCUUGGAAUUGAUGCCUCCAACUUGACUCAUUAUUUCAGCCCAGCAGCAAUUGCCAACAGCCCAACCCGCGCUCUUCUGCUGAUCGGUGCCAUUUUACUUGCCUAUUGGUUUUUAUCUCUCUUCCUCGGAUUCUUCUUCUAUCUCCUGCACAUGAUCUUUGGUCGUUUCUUCUGGAUUGCGAGGGUCGCUCUCUUCACCCUCUCGUGCGUGUACAUCCUGCAGAAGUACGAAGGUGACCCGGAACACGCGGUCCUGCCUCUCUGCUUUGUGGUGGCUGUCUACUUCAUGACGGGGCCGGUGGGAUUUUACUGGAGAAGAAACAGCAACAGCAGCCUGGAGGAGAAGAUGGACCACCUCGACAGUCAGAUCAGACUUCUGAACAUACGUCUGUCCAGGGUGAUUGAAAACCUGGACAGAGGCAGUGACCAAUGACCCGACCCCGAUAGACCACUGUACACCAGCUCUAGAAAGUUCCUAAGCACUGUCUCAUUCGAAGUUACAAAGCAACAAAACAUCACAUGGUAAAAAGUGUGCAGAGCUAUAACUUUUCAUCAUGUGUAAGACUAAUUUAUCUAGAUUAUACACUCAGCCAUUAUACUUGUAGGAAAAAGAAUUAAGCUGUAUAUUCAGAGUUUUAUCCAGUACUAGAAUUUUAUCAGUAGAGAAACGCUUACUUUUACAAGCAUUUAAAAACAUCUUUUGUAAAUUUUUUAUAAAAGCAAAUUGAGUAGUCUUUAAAAUACUGAAAUUCAGCUAAACAUAUGCAAAUUUGACACACAAAGUAAAAAAGAAAACAAAUCUAAAGCUACUGAACACUUCUGUUGAGAAGUAACUGCUGUGGGUCCACCCUUUGCUGUCGUUGUUUGUUUGUGCAAAGUUACAAAUGUUUUUCUCUUAUUGUUGGCUUAUUAUUAUUUCAUUGCCUUGAAGUUGUCUUUCAUAGAAUAUCAGAUAAAGUCAUUUUCUGGUAUCCAGGCCAAAAAAUUCACGCCCUAGAUUUUAAUAGGAGGCGGAGAAUAAGGGAGAAGGAUGAUUUCUUAAGUUUCAGGUCGUUAAACGCCAGUCCCAUAUAAGGAAUGGAGAAGUGCACGUGUGGCUUUAUUUCAUUGCUUUUCCUAUCAGCAACUUAAGUUUUGACAUUGAAAAGCAAAUCUGAUUUAACUGAUUGACACGAGGGGAAAAGAUGUAGCGUGGCAAUCUGUAACUCAUAUCUGACCUUCACAGUGAAGCAUAUUUCAAGCACCAGUGCGUAGGAUAGAAUACGACUUUUAGUCUUGGGACCCAUUUACUUUCACACACACAAGUCAGUGGUUGAACCACUUGCAAAUGCAUUGUUGCUUAAAGCUUUCUCAGGACCAAUAAGCGGCAAUAAUUUAUCUUCAGGAAGAUCUGGAUUUUUUUCUAAAAUUGUAAUUGUUUUGUAGGAGCUUUUAUCCUGAAGUCUGUGUCCUCGCUGUACUGGGCUUUGGGACAUUGAGUCACCUCAUGAACAGGUGUGUUAAACAAAGCGAUGUAGGAGCUUGGAGCAGUUGUAUUUUGAAGGAUUUAUGUAUUUGUAACCUUAUGAUUAACUAGGUUGGUAGGUGAGCACUGGCUUUGCUUGCUGAAAUGUACUGAAACAAAGGUGACCUCAGGGAGGGAAGUUGGUCAGUGGUUAUGUGUGGUAACCGAUGGCGCUCUGGGCGGGAGGGAGAGCAUCGGACACUUAGUGAUGAGCACAGUGUCUGUACCAGGACAGAUGAAAACGGGCCACAGCUGAAGAAUGAUGUAUUUCCUAAUUUCUGAAUGAUUCGGUCAGGAGAACCCAUGACAAGAACUGGGUCUGUGGCAGGGACUGGCCUAAAAGCAAUGGGAGCAAAUCCACAUGGCCGCUGAGCUGGGCCGGCAGCUGCUCACUGCCUGGGCAGGGCCUUGAUGUGCCGCUUUACUGAAUGGAUCUGUGGGGUGAAUUGUUUUUUUUUUUCCUCUAUGCUUAUGUUUAAUGCUCUUCUGAAAAAGCAUAUUGCUUGCCUAACCUCUUUUGGUCUGUCUGUGGCAUUUAUGUGAAUGGCUGUUUUAAAAUCCAUUCUUAUGGCCUUCAUGUCAACCUGCAGUCGCUUAAGUUCAACGUGGUUGAAGUUGAUAAUGCAGUUGGCACUGUUGUAAUGCAUUUUAAUUUUUUUAAUGCAUCUAUAGUUUCCUCGAACUCUCAUUUUUCAAGAAAUACGUGGUUAGAGUUGCAAAGAAGCUGCUUUUUCUAACUUGAAACCUUUCCCAUAAACAGAUAAGCACUAUGGAGACAAAUAAUCUGCCUUGUGAAGCUGAGCAUUGGGAUGAUGGUGUAUUCAUUUUUUUACAGCUCAUUCUCCGUAGUAUUGCAGAGUCUUCCCUGUAAGCUCUGGUUUUGCUGCUGUUGUGCACAGAGGACUGAGCUAAGCACCAACGUGGACAUUAGGAAUUGGUUAGCAAGGAUGGUCAGGUCUCUGUUUUGCUAAAUCUGAGGCCUGAGGACCAAAGUCUGCAAACCUUACUCUAUUGCCUUCAGUAGGACUAUGUGCAUGAGUCAGAUUUGCAUAGAUUGUAUUUUACAUAAUCCAUAUUUAAUGUUGAACUUAAAAAUGACAAAUCAUUUAUAUAUUAAGAGCUGUCUAUAUAAAGAUUUCUUUACAAAUACUAUAUGAAACUUAAUUUGGGUUAUAGUUUCUCCCUGUGUCUCUAAUCAUUUAUUUUAGUUUUGUAAAAAAUCAGCCCUCCUGUAUUAAUACUCUUAGUUUUGAUCGCCCUGCUGCUUGAAAGAAGUAUUUUUGUAUUUACUUGCAUCCCAUGUAUAGCAAAAUGUUAUGUGAAGAGCGGUAUAUAUAAAAUUGGAUAUUUUUAAUCAGUAUUUUUCCCAGCACUCAGUUUUCACGUUAGUCAAAUUCAGAAGUAAUGAUUUUUUUUAAAGCACAAUCUAGUCGUCAAUAUGUAUACUUUAAAAACGCUCUGUAUUUUUAAACAUGCACCGUAGUGAAAAUGCUUUUGAGACAUGAAUGUGAUAUUUAACCUCUUUCAACUUACUUUUGUAAAUACCUUUUACAGAUACUUUCCAUUCCAAGUCAUGUAGUUGACCCACCAAGUGUUGGCUCUGAUUUGUAGACCUCGUUCCGGCGGCUGGUUGCACUGCUUUCCUAUGGCCGUGGGUGUGAGCGUCUCGGUUAGGUGUCCAGGUACGGUGCGUGGGCACCGCAGCCCCACAGACCUCCGCCCGUGGUGGUGGCACAGGGGCAGUAGAGCCCCGAUCCCGCAGCUGCCGGCCUGGCUGUAACACAGGCCCCCGCUGUGGGCUCUGUACCGCCUGGUGCCACAUUCCAGGAGGGUCUACAGCGUUCUAAGCCGCGUGCUUCGAGACCCGAUGUUUGAAACUACUGUUGUAUUUUCAGUGCGUUGGCAUUUUCGUUCAGCUGACACUUGUAGGGAUUUCCUUGCAGGUAGGCACCUCACCUGUAGAUAACGACCCGUCGUGCGCAGAGUGUAACGCUUCUACCAGUGGCAUUGGGUGUCGGAGUGCCUUGUGUAACCCUGGUGUAGCUCAGUGCUGUGUUAGUGCGUCCUCCAACUCGUGACUUGCUUUCAAGAUGUGUUGCGUAGUGAAUGUGGAACAUAGACCAGCGUAACCUUAGCUCUUGGUGGUGUAGAAGUUUUUAGGUGUGAUUUGCUCCCGUACCGAUCUGUAUUUGGCAGCUAAUGACGUGAAUGAACACGAGUUCUCUUCGUCUGGGUUGGAAAACAAAAGGUUUUGUUGUAUCCGCAUGUAUUUUAAACUUUUGGAUGAUUCCACCCGACUGUGAUGACAGCACAUUAAAAGUUGAUCUUUUCUUUUUAA